UGCGUGGCCAAUGGCACUCUCUUCAACUCUUCUUCUCCACUUCUUCCUCUUCGUUUCAAUUCUAACUCCAACCUUCGAUUUCGCCGCGCCACAAUCACAAGCAUGUGCGUUCCUGAAAACGACGUCGUUGUGAUCGGUUACGGAAUGACUACAGUUGACUUCUUGGCCACCGUUGACUCUUUUCCGAAGCCCGACGACAAGGUCCGCACCACCUCCUUCAAGGUUCAAGGAGGUGGCAAUGCCGGCAACGCCUUAACCUGCGCCGCAAGACUCGGCUUGAAGCCUAAGCUCAUCUCCAAGGUCGGCGACGAUUCCCAAGGCCACGCUAUUCUCAACGAGCUUCAGCGCGACGCCGUCGACACCUCCUUUGUCCUGGUAUCAAAGGGUGGUAGUUCCGCGUUUUCGUAUGUUCUAAUCGACAGCCAGACAAAAACUCGGACUAGUAUUUACACCCCUGCACAUCCUCCCAUGAUGCCAGAUGAUCAAUCCCAAUCAACCUUAUUAUCUGCAUUUAAUGAAGCAAGAUUAGUGUAUUUUGAUGGACUGACUACCGAUACUGCUCUAUUCAUUGCACAAGAGGCCGCCCGAAAUAAGAUACCGAUUUUAGUUGAGGCCGAAUCACCUAAGGAAGGGUUGGAUGAGCUUCUGAAACUUGCUGACUUUGCUGUAUGCUCUGCAAGGUUUCCUAAGGCUUGGACACAUGCAUCAUCUAUCCCAAGUGCACUGGUUUCCAUGCUUUUAAGAUUGCCAAAUAUCAAAUUUGCGAUUGUGACUUUGGGUGAAGAUGGAUGUCUAAUGUUGGAAAGAAAUGCAAACGAGGAUGCUGAUACAGAAGAAAAGGAUAUAGAUUGUUUCUUUGAAUCCUUAUAUGAAAGGAAGGAUGAUAGCUUGGCUGUCCCAACCUGUAUAUCGUCGGGGGUGAAAAAAUUUAGAGCAAACGGAAGAGGGACAGUUUGUGGAAGAUUCUUUCUUGGAACAGCAGAGAGGAUACCGGAUGGUGAGCUGAUCGAUACAACUGGUGCUGGAGAUGCAUUUAUUGGUGCUAUUCUUUAUGCAAUCUGCACAAACAUGGAACCAGAGAAAAUGUUACCAUUUGCUGCUCAAGUGGCAGCUGCCAAGUGUAGGGCUUUGGGAGCUAGAACUGGUCUUCCAUAUCUGACAGAUCCACGCCUAGCAGCCUAUUUAUGCUAGAAGCAUAUGGCCUUUCCAUUCUCUGCUGUUGGAAUGACAGUGAUUGAUGUGUGUUUUAUUCAUAUAUUGCAAGUUGCAACAUGUUCCUUAUACUUUGUACACAAUCAUAAUAAGAGCCUUGGACGAAUAAGGUUGAGAGACUUUACCAUGGAAUUAGAAGUGAUUUCUUUUUGUUCCCUUCCGUUUUAUCAGGCAUUCACCAAUCAUCGUGUGGUUUAUGA